AUGCAGCUGGACGCAGUAAAUGUAAAACCACUAAUCCUGGGAAAUCCGCGCCCCGUCUCUUAUAAGGUUCGACAUUAUUUUGAACUCUUGACCGAGGACAAUAUUGUGGUGAUGGGUAUUGAAAUAUUUGUUUAUUUGCAAGUAUACAACGCGUAUUUUGAACAAUACGUUUUCGUACCCAAAUGCGAUACUGUUGGACUUGAGCGACUCGAUUUUAAGGUGGGAAAAGUCGUGGAAGUAUGCCUUCAGUGGGUCUUAAAAUAUUCGCCAAACAACUACAAAACCCCUCGAAAAAAUUGCCAAGAAGAGUCAUCGAAACUGUUUUCCACAGAUCCCGAAACAGUAUACCGCAUCCGGCGUCUCCAAAAGAUGCUCAAAGAUGACAAUUCAUUAAUCCAGCGGUGGAAUUCAUAUCCCAAAUUUAAGGAUGAUUCAAUCAACAGCAAGAUAUUUAUCUCACUUCCACCUAAACGAAGAUUACAUAUCGCAUUCUUCACGAAAGCUUCACCGCUGUACUUGUUUCCAAACCUGGAUCGUAAUCCUUUCAAACGUGUUGCAAGCGGUCCAAAGCUUUUGCGAUGGUGGAUGCGUAUUGUUGGAAAUGUCACAAAUGAUCAAAAGUGGAAACGUUGUCUUGAUAUCCCUGGAGCCGAUGCCAAUGAGAUCGCUAAGUAUUUGGGAGAUGGUUGGCAACAUGGAAAUAUCUAUGCUAAAGAUGGUCUCGCAGUGAAAUCCAUCCCGUUAUUCCCUGAUGACCCAAAGGGAAGAUUUCUUGAACAUUUGAUUGUUGAAGGUAGGCAUUCGAAAGUUUCAACUAAGAGCUUUUACCAUGAGAUAGGUUUUCGACAGGAAUUCAGAUUGGGAGAUGUUGUUGGAUUGAUCGGAUGCACCUUAAAGCUGGACGAGUUCAAUUCUGCACAAGAUGAAACAAUCCUACCUAUUACACUGCUCUCAUCGUAUAAACGAUUCCUACGAGACACAAAAAGUAUUGAUUAUUCAAAUCGUUCUCAAAGUAUAAUGGAUACUAAGUCAAUACUUGAAGAGGCCAACGUCUUCAACUUCCGAGGAUUAUGCUCUGAAUGUUUGCAGAGCUCGUCACAGCUGCAGAAGCUUCCUGUUAACAACCUUCAAAACCUAAUUAAAAAGCGACCUGCCAAUGAUCUUACAGCUCAGAUCAGGAAGAAGGCCAAAAAAUAG